AGGGGCAGCGCUCAAUUCAUUCUAUAUCAAAUCUCCCAGACAAGAAUACUGACAGAAUCGAAACUAGCGACGAGUGAAUUCUAUUGUCUACGUUCCAAGUUAACGCACAAUCCGACGAUUAAGAUAUACUCAUUUUCUCCAGGGACUUGAGCAAUCGACUAAACAAAAUGAAGUUUGUGUGGCUGUUAGUGGCGCUGGCCUGCGCCGUGUCUGCUGAUGAUGACGACAAAAGGGAGAAUGUGGGCACUGUCAUUGGCAUCGACCUGGGGACCACUUACUCUUGCGUCGGGGUCUUCAAGAAUGGCCGUGUCGAUAUCAUUGCCAACGACCAGGGCAACCGCAUCACUCCAUCCUAUGUGGCGUUCACCAGUGAGGGUGAGCGUCUGAUCGGUGAUGCCGCCAAGAACCAGCUGACCUCCAACCCAGAGAACACGGUGUUUGAUGCCAAGAGGUUGAUUGGUCGCACAUGGGCCGACUCUUCUGUCCAGCAAGACAUCAAGUACCUGCCUUUCAAGGUGAAUGACAAGAAGAGCAAGCCUCACAUCCAAGUUGACAUUGGCGGUGGUCAGAUGAAGACAUUCGCCCCAGAGGAGAUCUCUGCUAUGGUUCUGACCAAGAUGAAGGAGACCGCCGAGGCUUAUUUGGGCAAGAAGGUCACUCACGCUGUGGUCACUGUUCCGGCCUACUUCAAUGACGCCCAGCGCCAAGCCACUAAAGAUGCCGGCACCAUUGCUGGGCUCAAUGUGAUGAGGAUCAUCAAUGAGCCAACUGCUGCUGCCAUCGCUUAUGGCCUGGACAAGAAGGAUGGUGAAAAGAACAUCUUGGUGUUCGACCUGGGCGGCGGCACCUUCGACGUCUCACUGCUGACCAUCGACAAUGGUGUGUUCGAGGUGGUGGCCACCAACGGUGACACCCACCUGGGAGGGGAGGACUUCGACCAGCGUGUCAUGGAGCACUUCAUCAAGCUGUACAAGAAGAAGACUGGCAAGGACGUGCGCAAGGACAACCGUGCCGUGCAGAAGCUGCGUCGUGAGGUGGAGAAGGCCAAGCGGGCACUGUCUGCCCAGCACCAGACCCGCAUUGAGAUCGAAUCCUUCUUUGAGGGCGAGGAUUUCUCAGAGACCUUGACCCGUGCCAAGUUUGAGGAGCUCAACAUGGAUCUGUUCCGGUCCACGAUGAAGCCCGUGCAAAAGGUGCUGGAAGACUCUGACCUGAAGAAGUCCGACAUUGACGAGAUCGUCCUGGUUGGCGGCUCCACACGUAUCCCCAAAAUCCAGCAGCUGGUGAAGGAGUUCUUUAACGGCAAAGAGCCCUCCAGAGGAAUCAACCCCGACGAGGCCGUCGCCUAUGGCGCUGCCGUACAGGCUGGCGUGCUUUCCGGAGAGGAGGAUACCGGUGAUGUGGUUCUAUUGGAUGUAUGCCCUCUUACUCUUGGCAUUGAGACUGUGGGAGGAGUCAUGACCAAGCUGAUCCCCAGGAACACCGUGGUGCCCACCAAAAAGUCUCAAAUCUUCUCCACUGCCUCGGACAACCAGCCUACAGUCACCAUCAAGGUCUAUGAAGGUGAGCGUCCCCUGACGAAGGACAACCACCUGCUGGGCACCUUUGACCUGACGGGCAUCCCCCCCGCACCACGCGGCGUGCCACAGAUUGAGGUCACUUUCGAGAUCGACGUCAACGGCAUCCUUCGUGUCACGGCGGAGGACAAAGGCACGGGCAACAAGAACAAGAUCACCAUCACCAACGACCAGAACCGUCUGACGCCCGAGGACAUCGAGCGCAUGGUGAACGAUGCCGAGCGCUUUGCCGACGAGGACAAGAAGCUGAAGGAGCGUAUUGACGCCCGCAACGAGCUGGAGAGCUACGCCUACUCGCUGAAGAACCAGAUCGGCGACAAGGAGAAGCUUGGCGGAAAGCUGUCCGAUGAAGACAAGGAGGCCAUCGAGAAGGCCGUAGAAGAGAAGAUUGAGUGGAUGGAGUCGCACCAGGAGGCCGAUCUGGAAGAAUUCCAGGCCAAGAAGAAAGAGCUGGAAGAGGUGGUGCAGCCCAUCAUCAGCAAGCUCUAUGGCAGUGCGGGUGCCCCGCCACCAGAGGGUGCUGAAGAAAAGGAUGAGUUGUAAGCUGAUCUAGUCACUCAGUCACCUCCUUUAAAAAGAAAAAAAACAAAACACCUUGAUGUACAUAUUGGACUGAUGGGACUCAUUGUGAGAGGGAGGGGCGGCCAUACGGAAUCUCCGAAAGACUUUGAAGCGAGUUUCAGCUCGUUUGGUGUUUCUCUUCGCCGGUGGGUGGAGAUAUGUCAGCCUGGAUUCUCAAGGCUCACUGCUGCUGUUCUCAGGCAGUCCUGAUGGGGAUCACGUAGUACUAGUAGUCGUAGAGGGUGGGAGGGAGGGAGGGUUUGCUCUUCAUGGGUAGGCUGCCUAUUGGCUCCUCAAUGCUAAAAGUUAUUUAUUGAAUCUGGAAAGACAGUGAAAUAAAUGUUUGAUACAAAAUAA